UUUGGGCAUCGGGCGACCGCAUCACUGUCGCUCUUGGCCAGUUCCACUUCGAUUGCGGUGUCCAUUGAGGCGCAUAAUUUGUGCGGAAAUAUGCAAAAUGAUUGUUUGUGGCAGUGCCCGCAAACCUUUUCCCCAGUAGCUGGGGCAUAUAUAAAUAAGUGAGAAGUGCCACAUUUCACGCUUAGUAUUCCGGCAAAUGCGAAACGCUAGCGAGGAUUAAAGAUAGCUCAAAGCCAAAGCGCUGUUGAGGCAGGCGCAAAAUAUAAGCAAAUAAAAAACAAAUUGAAUUUCAAAUUCAAUCAACACCAAGCUAAAAGCAAUGAUGACAACAACAACAACAAAAGCAACGGCAACAACAACAUUUGCAACUUGUUGUUUGUGUUUCCGCGUUACGUUCGAAGUGGCACGCGUUGAGUGGCAUCUCUUGCUACUCACGCUGUCAAUCUUCUCCACAUUGACGCACUGCUCGGCCGUUGGAUAUUCGUAUACACGCUUCGAGGGACCGGUGGUGGGGCCAGAGCGUCUGGUUACUGUGCCCAAUGCUUAUGGCGGUGGCACGCACUCCGAUUAUGUGGCACGGCCCGAAUAUAGCUUCGCCUAUGGCAUAGAAGAUGGACAGGCGCGCGUGCUGCAGAAUCGCAAAGAGACACGCAAGGGGGACGAGGUGCGCGGCGUCUACAGCGUAGUCGAUCCUGAUGGCACCUUGCGCGUUGUCAAAUAUACUGCAGAUGAUGCCAAUGGCUUUCAGGCCGAGGUGAUCACGAAUGGCGUUGCCAGACUCCAUGGCCAUGGCAGUGAUGAUGAUGGUGGCGGUGGUGUCGCCAAUGUGGAGCAGCAGGUGCAGCACGAUCAGGCCAACGAAGUGGGUCACGAGACUGAUGAAGAUGAGGAUGAGAAUGAGCAUGCUGCUCAGCAGGAGGAGGAUGACUACGAUGAUGAUGAGAACGCUGCACCACAAAAGCCCAACGGCCAGUAUAAGGUGCAUGAGGACCAAGACGAAGGCGCUGGUGAGGACGAGGGUGAAAGUGAUGGAGGAGGUGAGCAGGAGGUCGGCGGCGAUCAUGAGGAAUAUGAGGGCAGCAGCGAGGAGGGCUAUGAGGAUGCCAAAACGCAUAGUCAGCAGCGAGAGGAAGAUAAUGAGGAUAUUGUGCCAGUUUCAGUUUCAGUUCCAGUUCAAUUUUUGAAACGAAUCCUUCGUCCAUUUUAUUCGCGUCGUGCGUCGUCGUCGUCUGUGCUCAAUAGAAACAUGAAGUACUUUGUUGCCAUCGCUCUGCUGUUCGCUGCCGUUCAAGCUGUGCCCAUUGAACUGGGCCACUAUGCCCCAUCGUUGCUGCAGGUGCAUCAUGCGCCCGUUCAUGCUGUGCAUGCUGUGCAUGCAGAGCCGGUGGCCUAUCCCAAAUACUCCUUCAACUAUGGCAUUAAGGAUCCCCAUACCGGCGACAUCAAGUCCCAGGCUGAGGAGCGUGAUGGUGAUGUUGUAAAGGGCCAUUACUCGCUGGUCGAGCCCGAUGGUUCAGUGCGCCACGUGGACUACACUGCCGAUGAUCAUAAUGGUUUCAAUGCCGUCGUCCACAAGACCGCGCCCAAGAUCGUUCAGCAUGCGCCCGUUGUGCACGCUCCCGUGCUGGCACAUGCCCCUCUACUGCACCACUAUUAAACAAAACUGAGGAGGCGCCGAGUCACGAAAGGUGCUUUCCCAACAACCACAAACCACAAUCACCAGCAAUAUAUAGGAACAACAGGCAGAUAAAACAGAUCCAUUGAAACAAAAAUCGUUAAACAAAAAUGAAUGUAAAUUUUCUUGUAAGUAAGUAAAAUGUAGCUAAGAAGUUUUAGUAGAAAACGGGCAAUAUUAGUAUUUGCCCGGCACCCGGCUGAUCUGGCAUGGCAUGGACGAAGGAAAUACGAAAACAAACAAACAAACAAAACAAAAGCAAUGACUUGAUCUUGAUCAUAGUUUGAUGAUGAUAAUGAUGAUGACGAUGGUGAACGAUAAUAAUGUUUUAUAUCAAGCGUACACUGAAACAGCAGCAGAAAGCACAGUAGAAAACGAGGCAAAGUUAUUCUAGAUAUGUAUAUUUUGUAUAUUUAAUCAACGUUUCAUAUUAUGUGUAACCAUUUUCGCCCAUAUUACCAAGCAUCAACCGUUAACCCCAAAACGUUCCAAGGCCAGUUAAAAUCGAGAACAACACUUCUGCAGCAGAUGUAAAUGCUCACCGCAAAAGGCAUCCAAAAGAACUUCUACCCACCAACACAUGUGCAAUCUAAUGUGCAGCCUUUGACUAUCUCAACAAACUCAUUACUUAAACUCUUCAUUUCCAUUGCUCAACUUUUGUAAUAUAUAUUUAUGUAGAGUUUUUUUUGUAAGCUCAACUAUCGGAUGCCUUUGCGCCAAACUGUGGCCAACUGUCAAGAACUGCCACGCCCACAACAUCAGGGGGGCGUGCAAGCUCCGUCAACAUUGUUUAAUAUUUAAGCAACGGGAGCAUUUUGUGCCAUUUCGGUUGGACUACAGUUUGGCAGCCACUGGGCAACAAGCAGCAUAACUUGGAACGCAUGAAGUGGGAAAACAAUUAUUGGUUCUUAAUUCAGACAUUCAGUUACGUUUUAAACAUACUUAUUAUCAAUAACUCUCACCCACUCACUGUCUCACUCACUCAACUGUCUCUCUUUCCCACGUUCACUCACUCUGUUUAUCUAUCACCCUCGAACGCUCAACUGACGCUCUCUAUUAUCUCACAUACUCACUCUCAGUCUGACACUUUUGUAUCUAGUUUCAUUUUUGCAUUUAGUAUUCUUCACAA